ACAAUGUUACAUGCCAUGUUGAGUACAGUUUUCUCACCUAAGAUACUAUGACAAUCUCUCUUAUAGGACGCAAGAAGAAAAUUUCAGAAGAGUCUGUAUCGUGCUUCGAGUUGAGAGAAACGAAGGUGAAGGGAGAGUAAUCGAUCGACGGCACGAAGGGGCUAGGGGAGCCAGCCUUGCGGAGUAUUUCAGGCAAAAGCAAAUAAGGGGAGAUCUCUGAAUGAUCCUAGCAAGCUAAAUUGUGAAGUUGUGGCCCGAAUUUUGAUGGGGCUUGAUAAUUUGUAAUCUUCCUUGGAUUAUUUGUAAUAACAUAAAUUAUCCUCAGUGGAAUAUUGAAUAAGGAAUGGCAUCAACAACUAUAUCAUUAAAAUGAGGAACAUAGGACAGUGUACCUCUUCUUUCAAGCAACAGAAGAGAAAAGAGCAUAUGAAGAAUGGAAUUAGUGGAUUGCCAGACGACAUCAUCAUUGCCAUCCUGUCUCUUUUGACACUUAAGGAAGCUGCACGUACUAGUGUUCUAUCACGCAGAUGGAGAUAUUUAUGGAGAUAUUUAUGGAGAUAUUUCAACUUCGAUUCAAAGAUAUUUCGAGCUCCUUCAGUAGAUGGUACUUCUCUUGAAGAGCCUCCUAAGUAUAGGAGUUGGUUGAGCAAUAUUUCUCAUUUUGAAGAGCCUACUAAGUAUGUAAGUUGGGUGAAUAAAGUCUUGGAAUUGCAUCUUGGCGCCUUUAUAGAUGAAAUGAGGAUUUCUUUUUGUUUCCGUGGGGACUACCCUCGCGAUAUCGGUGAUUGGAUUAAGUUUGCAAUGGAAAAGGGCGUUCGAAGGUUUGAAUUGGAUGUGAUGGCUGGCAGGUUAGCCGGUCCCGGGCUUAAAUUUUACAACUUUCCAAGCCUGGAAAGCUUCAAAUGCUUAUUUAGGACUUCAAACAGUCAUCAUGUGUCACGGACUAUUGGUUUCACAUAUGGUUUUUGCUCCCUAACCACCCUUCGUUUGGCUGGUGUUAAUAUCAUGGAGGAGGUGCUUGAGCAUAUCCUAUCCAUCUGUGUGUUUCUUGAACAAUUAUGCAUUGUGGGAUCAACGUCUCUAGUGAAUCUAAAAAUUGCUGGCCCAUCUCUCAAAUUGAAGCACUUAGAGUUAUCUCAAUGUCACUCUUUGGAAAAACUUGAAAUUUCUGCAAUUAAUCUUGUUUCAUUCACCUACUUUGGACGGGAUAUAAGUGUGCCUUUUAAAAAUGUCCCUCUUCUCUCUGAGCUAUCUAUUGGGGGACGUUUCUGUUCAUCCUUUGUUUUUGAAUCUUACAAGCAUUCCAGCUAUAUUGCUCAAAUAGAAAAGCUCAAGUUACAAGUGUUUGUUGAGGACUUCCAUCGGUUUCCCAAGUAUUUUCGUGCGCUAGGUAAUCUCAAGGAAGUGGAAUUGUUUGUCAUGGGAAAUGAAAAUGACAGCCUUCUCAGUUUAACUUCUGUGAUUAAGGCGGCUCCUAAAUUGUCUAAGUUUACUGUUGAGUUGAUGCUGAGUGCGAAUGAUAAACGGGUAAGACGGGCUGAUCAAAUUGCAGCUAUAAAUGCUGAAAAAGAGGCAACUAAAUGUCAUCAUCAAUGCCUUAAGGUGGUGGAAUUGGUUGAUUUUGGUGGGCGUAGCUGCAGCGAAGUUGAGCUUGUUCUCCACAUACUAGUGGUUGCGGCAUCACUAGAGAAAAUAAUUAUUCAUCCUUUUCCUUUUUUAGAAUAUAAAGAAGUUCCACCUAUAAGAGCCAAGUUGAUAGAAGAUGUCAGAAAGCGUGCCUGGCAGAUAAAAACAAUAUUACCCAAAACCAUUGAAUUAGUGGUUCCUUUAGUUAAAUAAGUACUCCCAGUGUAACAAUUGUAGUGAUUAUUUACCUAUUCUGUUCAUGUUAACUUUACAUAUAUGUGCUAAUGACAAGUUUUAUAAUUGGGUUUGUAAAGUUUACCAUAAAUUGGGAAUGAUGUUCAACGAACCAAAUCUUAUUGGUGGUAUUAUUUAUUUUAUCUAA